AUGUCUCGCGUGUUCUGGUUUCUCCUCACAAUGUUUCACAGCCUGUCUCUCGCCCACGCCAUCCCAUCCGUAACUGAGACACCGCCCAUCGGCAAACGUCUGCUAGCGCGAGCAAUAACUACCGAGUACUCGACAUGCGGCUACGCGAAGGGUGACCCCGACAAACCGAGGACCGCCGAGCCGGGGCACAAGUGCCUCUUGAACCCCAAGAACAAGCUCUUUGCGUACUGCGACGUCAACGCUGACCUGGAGCACUGUGGCAUGGUUGGGAGGUGCUUUGAUCAACAUGAUUGUAAAAAGGGAUGUGGCAAGAUGACUCAAUCAGAGUUGCUUGCUGUGUCUUGUGAAAAGAAGGAAUAUUGCUCCCUUGCUGUUCUUACAAUUCAAAAGAGCCACACCUACACCAACAUUGAAUGCGGAGCUAGAGCUGCUACUGAAUAUUAUCAAAUAACACCGAAUGCAACCGAAGGAGCAACCAUCGACGGGACUACUACCGCAACCAUGAAACUGACCAGGACGGUGAGCGUAUUUUCAACGCAACCCACCGCCGAGACAGCGAAGGGAGUCUCUGGAGCCGUAGGGGCGAGUACCGAAUCAGACACCUCCGCGGAGACAACAAGUGAAGCUACCCCUGAAGCCUCAGAAGGGUCUUCAGAGGACUCUUCAAGUGGUUCUCCAACAAACACAGGCGCCAUAAUCGGAGGUGUCAUCGGAGGUCUGGUAGUAGUCUGCAGCACCGCCCUCGGCUCGCUCUAUCUAUUACGUCGAAACCGCAGCCAGGGCACAAAACCAGAAACGACAGAGCAAGGCACACCUCCACAAGAGCCGCUGCAAACAUGGGCUCACCGGGGACCGAAACAACUGGCAGGCUGGGGACCGCAGGAGAUGCAAGGAAGUACACAGUUUGGAAGGGAUAACGCAGUGGAACUGCCGGGCUGA